GUGACCUCAGCCGCCGCGCGGGGCCCCGCCGCUCUGCCCAUGUACGGGCACCGCGCCCCGGCCCCGCUCCCCCCCCACCGACGGCGGCGGCUCCGCAGGCGGUGACCGCUGGAGGGAGCCCGGCCCCGCGCCCGGUCCCGAGCGGGGCUCCCCCCGGGGCUGUUUCCGUGCUCCUGAGCCGAGCCCGGAGCCACCAUGGAUGCCCUCCUGCGCAGCGUGGAGAAGGACCUGAGCAUCGACCGCUGGCAGCUGGCAGCCGCCUCCGAAGGCACCCACGUCACCGCUCUGGUCCCACACAAAUGGUUGGCCAACCUACGGGAACGCCGGGCGCUGCCCGCUCUCUGCCCACGUCCAGAGGGGCUGAGCGAGGUGGAAGUGAGGACGUUCCUGCAGCGCUCCGUGCAGAAGCUGCCGGCAGGAUGGACCCGGGUGGAGAUCCACGGGUUGCGCAAGGAACGGCUGAUGCGGCCCCUCCGUGUGCCGCCUGCUGUGGACCCGCGGGGCGGCAGCGACGAGACCCUGCAUGGCUUCAUGCAGAGCGUGGCAUCGCAGAAUUACCGCAACCUGUGGGGCCGGGCUCACUGCCUCUACGUGCGGCCCUACCGGCACGCUCACACACCGCCUGCUGUGCCGGUGUUGGAUGCACUCCGAGCGGCCCUGCAGAAAGCAUACGGCUGUCCCAUCCUCCAGGUGGGCAGAAGCGUGCCUUGCGCUUCCCCGGCCAAGGCGGUAUCCUCCGUGCCCUCCUCCUGCCCCAAUGUGCUGCAAGCAGAAGCUCUGCUGGAGUCGGCUGAGAUGCUCUAUGUUAUCUAUCCCUACGUCCAGUACUGCUUGCAUGACAUUGUGACUUUCAGCCCUGCGAAGCUCACCAACAGCCAUGCCAAAAUCCUCUUCCUGCUCUUUCACGUGCUGCAGGCCAUGAGGGCAUGUCACCAGGCAGGGCUGGCUUGUGGGGCAUUCUCCCUUCGCGACGUGGCUGUGGAUGAGAAACUCUGCAGCCGGCUCCGGGUCAACUUCAGGGAGUAUGAAGGUCCCAGGAAGGAGGAAACAAAUGCAGAAGCUGAUCUGGAACGAGUGAAUGAGCAAAGCGGUGCUGGGAUGCGAGGGGACACGGCGAGGUGCUCCACCUGCCAGCAGGAGCUGCGGGACCUGGUGCUGCAGUGGGUGCAUGGCCGGGUCAGCAACUUCGACUACCUUAUGCGUUUGAACAGUUUGGCUGGGAGGAGAAUGGGAGACCCCAAUUAUCACCCGGUUCUUCCAUGGGUGGUGGACUUCACAACCAAAAAUGGCAAAUUCAGGGACCUCAGGAAAUCCAAAUUUCGUCUCAAUAAGGGAGACAAGCAACUGGAUUUCACCUAUGAGAUGACCAAGCAAGCGUUUGUUGCUGGUGGAUCAAGUGGGGAGCAGCUCCAUGUCCCCCACCACAUCUCUGAUGUCCUUUCAGAUAUCACCUACUACGUGUACACAGCUCGCAGGACACCCAAGUCAGUGCUGUGCUGUCAUGUGAGGUCCCAGUGGGAGCCCAACGAGUAUCCAGCUAGCAUGGAACGCAUGCAGAGCUGGACCCCGGAUGAGUGUAUCCCAGAGUUCUAUACAGAUCCAUCCAUCUUCAGAUCCAUCCAUCCUGACAUGCCUGACCUGGACGUGCCAUCGUGGUGCAGCUCUUAUGAGGAGUUCAUCGAAGUCCACCGCAUGCUGCUCGAGAGUCGGGAAGUGUCUCAGGACCUCCAUCACUGGAUCGAUCUCACUUUUGGGUACAAGCUGCAAGGGAAGGAUGCUGUCAAGGAGAAGAAUGUCUGCCUCCAUCUGGUAGACAACCACACGCAUCUGACGACUUAUGGGGUCGUACAGCUCUUUGACCAGCCGCAUCCCAGGCGCAUGGUGGGACCUGCCUACACUCCUGCUGAAGCUCCGGCCAUUGCUCGGCCUCUCCUCCAGAAUAUCAAAGAGACUGUGAUUUUGGAGGACAUCCAGUGCCCCGUGACUGAUGCAGUUAAUGGGCUGGUCCUGGAGGCUACCCCUACUGAAACCACUUGGUCUGGGGAGAAACCCAUCGCUGGUGAAGAUGAUUUAGAGCAAGGCACGGAAGCACUGGAUUCCAUUUCUGUGAGUAGCAGAGCUCCUGAUCAGCCCAGCAGCUCUUCAGCACAGCCCUCCAUCAUCCCUGCUUAUCCCACUGAAGGUAAAGCCUCGGGUGCCCGACCUCUCCGUCGGAGCAAGGCGGGUGCUGCAGAUCAGGCAGACAGGGAUGACAUGAAAAUCGCACUCCCUGAAGGCUUCAAUCCGCUCCAGGCCUUGGAAGAACUGGAGAAACUGGACAAUUUCCUGGUUAAAGGCUUGAGCAGCGAUAUGCAGCUGAUGGAGCAGCCUGGGGAAGAGCCCCUGCUGGGUCUCUCUGACCUCUUCCAGAGGGAUAUGCAAGCACUGGGUAUUCUGAUUGCUGAAAUAAUCUUUGCACCGAGGAUCCGUCCUUCAAAGCCUGACGCGUCCCUGCUGGAGCGGUUCCUGAUAGUGCGUAACCUGUGCCGCUACCACCCCAAGGAGAUCCCGGCCCCGCUGCAGCACGUGCUGCACAUCCUGCUGCAGCUCAGUGUGCCGGUGGAGAAGCUUCUAAAGACCAGGUUGGGCAAGGACACUGUACAGCUGUUUGAAUACAAACCCAUUUCCCAGGGCCUCCCCCCACCUUGUCCCACGCAGCUCCUCAGUCCCUUCAGUUCUAUCGUUCCCUUCCCCACAUACUUCCCAGCUCUGCACAAAUUCAUUUUCACCUAUCAGGCGAAGAAGAUAGAAGAUGAAGGUCAGGGCCGGGAGCUUGUUUUCCAGCUGUGGCAGCAGCUGGAAGGGAUUCUUUCUGAAAUCACUCCUGAAGGCUUGGAGAUUCUUCUGCCCUUCAUAUUAUCUCUGAUGUCUGAGGAGAAUACCGCUGUCUACGCGGCGUGGUAUCUCUUUGAACCUAUAGCUAAAUCCCUAGGUCCAAAGAAUGCCAACAAAUACCUCCUGAAGCCAUUGAUCGGAGCCUAUGAGACCCCCUGCUCCCGACACGGCCGGUUCUACCUGUACACGGACUGCUUUGUGGCCCAGCUCAUCGUGCGCCUGGGGCUGCAGUCCUUCAUCCUGAACCUGCUGCCCCACAUCCUGCAGAUUCUUGUUGGCAUCGAGAGCUCACGGGAGGAGAGCAAAUCCCUCCUCGGUGCGGCUGAAGAUGACGAAAGCGGAGGGGGCAGCCCCAUGUCGUGCGUGUUCGGGGAGGAGAUCAAAAUGGAUGUGGAGCACAGCUCCGCCGCGCUUGACCUUCUUGACUAUACCUCCGGGGUCAGCUUCCACGACCAGGCCUACCUGCCUGAGAGCGAGGACUUCCAAAGUGGUCUCUAUGUCGGGGAGUCCCUGCAGCCCCAGGAGCAGGAGUCGCUCAGCCUGGGGCGACUGAGUGAUAAAAGCAGUGCUAGCGAGGUGUCGCUGGGAGAGGACAGACCUGCAGACGGGGACUCACAGAAGGACAAGAGCAGCCUGAAGUCAGUGGACAGCAGCCAGGACCUGAAACAGAGUGAGGAUUCGGAGGAGGAGGAAGAGGAGCGCGAAGAAGAGGAGCACGGUGACACUGGGGCUGACGCAGAGCAGGCAGGGGCUGUGGAUGUUGGUGUCUCGGUGGAUGCUGGCACCUCUGUGGACGUCAGCAUGGCUGAUGACGGCAGUGAGCCAGAGGAUGGAGAGGGAGAGGAACUGCCAGAUCACUCGGAUGACAAAGAGCAGACAAUACUCCUGGACACAGCCUGUAAGAUGGUGAGGUGGCUCUCGGCCAAGCUGGGCCCCACUGUCACAUCCCACUUCAUCGCCAGGAACCUGCUCCGUCUGCUCACGUCCUGCUACGUCGGCCCCACCAGGCAGCAGUUUGUACCCAGCAACGAUGAGAACGGCCCCCUGAGCACAGGGAACAUCUACCAAAAGCGCCCGGUGCUGGGAGAUCAGGUGUCCAAGCCGGUGCUGGCUUGUCUUCUGCACGUGGCAUACCUGUAUGGAGAGCCCGUCCUCACCUACCAGUACCUGCCCUACAUCAGUUACCUGGUUGCACCUGGUGGUGGGUCCAGCGGCGGCCGGCUGAACAGCCGUAAGGAGGCAGGGCUGCUGGCUGCUGUGACACUGACACAGAAGAUCGUGGUGUGUCUGUCAGACACCACACUCAUGGAUAUUCUCCCCAAGAUCAGCCAGGAGGUGCUGCUCCCGGUCCUGGGCUUCCUCACCUCCCUGUCUGUCGGUUUCCCCAGUGGUGCCCAGGCCCGUGUUGUCCUGUGCGUUAAGACAAUCAGCCUAAUUGCCUUGAUCUGCCUGCGGAUCGGGCAGGAGAUGGUGCAGCAGCAUUUGAGUGACACGGUGAGAAACUUCUUCGGAGCGUUCUCACUGCUGCAGGAGCUGCAGGACCAGGGAUUGACAGUGGAGUCGCUGAGCGGCUGCGAGGUGCCGGUGAUGGAGGUGCCCCUCAAGGAAGGGAAGCUGCUGGCUCUGGAUCCGGCAGUGCUGAUGGAGUUACAGAAGGUGUUUAACCCUGAGAUGGCCUACAUCACCUACAUCCCCUUCUCUUGCUUGCUAGGUGAUGUGAUCCGGACGGUUGUGCCCAACCACUCGCUGGUUGAGAAGUUGGCCAGUCUCUACCUGGAGAACGUGAACCCAAAGAACCUGCAGGUGGUUGGCCUAGAGCAAGCACCCAGCAUGGCAGGCUCAGACCAAGAUAUGCGAGGGACAGAAGCGUUCUCCAGCCCCCAGGAGGACAGUCACUCUGGUACUUUUGGGAGCGUGCUGGUAGGGAACCGCAUCCAAGUUCCUGUGGACACGCAGCGCGAGGGCCUGGGCUUACUUCGCCUCAGUGCUGGCACUGAUGGCUUCAUUCCCAGCGCAUCCAGUGAGGAAAACACCCUGAAGCAUGACCUUCCUCGCAGCACCCACAUGCUGUGUGGGAACUGGCUGGCGUAUUGGCAGUAUGAGAUUGGGGUGAGCCAGCAUGACCCCCGCUUCCACUUCCAUCAGAUCAAGCUGCAGAGUUUCUCAGGGCAUUCGGGGGCCAUCAAGUGUGUGGCACCACUCAGCAGUGAGGACUUCUUUCUUAGUGGCAGCAAGGACAAAACUGUCCGCCUUUGGCCCUUGUACAACUAUGGGGACGGUACCAGCGAGGUGCCACCACGGUUCACCUACUCUGAACACAAGAAGUCUGUUUUCUACGUGAGCCAGCUGGAGGCAUCGCAGCACGUAGUGAGCUGUGAUGGGACUGUGCACAUCUGGGACCAGUUCACAGGCAAACUUAUCCGGACUUUUGAUGAGUUAGAUAGCAAAGCCCCCAUCACAGCUGUGACCACCAUGCCACCUCCUUAUCACAGCAUUUCUGUGGCCAGUGCAGACUCUGUGCUGCGUUUCAUUGACCACAGGAAGCCAGGAUUACAGCAUGAGUUUCGCUUGGCCAGCGGGGUGAAUGCUGGGCUGAUCCGCUGCUUGGCUGUCAGCCCCAGCGGGCGCAGCGUUAUGGCUGGCUUCUCUUCUGGUUUCAUCGUGCUGCUGGACACCAGGACGGGACUCAUCAUGCGGGGCUGGCCUGCCCACGAGGGAGACAUCCUGCAGAUCAAGGCUGCAGAGGGCAGCGUGCUCAUCAGCUCUUCUUCAGAUCAUUCCAUGACCGUCUGGAAGGAACUGGAGCAGAAACCACUGCACCACUACAAAUCUGCAUCCGAACCCAUCCAUGCAUUUGACCUCUACGGCAAUGAAGUGGUGACUGGCACCGUGGCCAACAAGAUUGGUGUCUACUCCAUGCUGGAGUCCUCAGCUCUGCCCAUCAGCACAACCAAGCUGAGCUCAGAGAAUUUCCGGGGGACUCUGACCAGCCUGGCAGUGCUGCCCAUGAAAUGCCACCUCCUGCUGGGCUCAGACAAUGGUGUGAUACGCCUCCUGGCAUAGCAACCCCAGCCC